UCAAUAAUGGCAUCUACCGUGGAUAAAAAACGUGGUGCGAAAAAGGUGAAGAAAACAAGCAAAAUGAAGAGGAAAAAGGGUAGUAAUUUUGACAAGCUUACUCUUGAUGACAUCAAAUAUAUUGACGGAAACGAAGCUGAUCUGAAGUUGAUUGGUGACAUCACUGGGUCAGAUGAUGAAGAAAUUGGGUCUGAGGUAAACAAGGAGUUUGAUGUUGAUCCUAAUGAGCUGCAAGAUUACAUUGGCAGUUUGGGCUUCAAGAAUGUGCCAUCAGAUAAACCACCACGCGACUUGGCAAAAGUUAACAGCAAUAUCUCAAAGGUACGAAAGAUCACACCUCAGGAAAGCAAACCCAUUCAAGUAAUCGCCAAACGAGACAAGAAAAAGAAACUUACCAAAAAGGGAAAACAAGAUGCCAUGGUUAACCAAGAGCAGACUGUGAAAUCGAGUACAUCUCCCAAGAAAGAAAUGUCUCCUAAAGAACCUGCCUCAGGAUUGUCCAAAGUAACAAAAGAAAUGAAGAAGACCAACAAGACAGGAGCCGGAGGAGCAGUGGAAGGAGCAGCUAAAAAGAAAGAAAAACUCUCUUCGGGUAAAUCAGACGUCUUACAGCAUGCGGAGGUGUCAAGCACAUCAACGGGAAUGCAAAACAUCAGGAAGGAAAGAGUUUCAUCAGAAGAACUAUUGAAAGAUUACGUGCCAAGGAAAAGCCUGCUCUUUGAGACCGAUGGGUUAUGCUUCUAUCGAGAGUUCCAGUCAGAUCCAACAAAGUUUGAACUUUCUGAUGACAUCACCGUUGCUGCUUACAAGGGAUUGGCCGGCAGGCUUUAUUCAAAUGAAAUUCAAAUCUACCUUUCAGGAAAGCAGGGUGACGUCAGCUCAAAAGCACAGUGGAUGCGAACCGUUGUCAGCACCGGUGUCCUCGCCGAUAAGAUCGCUGCCCUGACACUACAGGUCCAGACUGCACCUCUUCACACGCCCUCGGCAUUCGACUCCCUCAUGACGAUGGUCAAGAAGAAAGGAAGGAGAGAAACGCUGGUCGCCAUGGAUGCGCUAAGACAGCUCUACCUCCAGGAGAUGCUCCCCGAGAAACGCAAACUCAGAAAAUUCUCAGAGCAUCCAUUCAUGCUGUUGAACCAUCUGAGCAAAGGCAGACGAGAUGACCUGAACAGAAGGCUUGUCCUGUGGUAUUACGAAGAUCAACUCAAACAAAAAUUCCAGGAAUUUGUAGUAACACUGGAGCGGCUGUCCCAUGACACCAUCCCUGCUGUAAAACAGAAAGCAAUGAGCACUGCCCAUGAGCUACUGAUACACAAACCUGAACAAGAGAAGAUCCUUCUGACGUUGGUUGUGAACAAGAUUGGUGAUCCAGAUUAUAAGGUGGCAGCAAGAGCCGUCCACCUCUUGCAAAGUUUAGUGGAGAUUCAUACCAACAUGAAAGGAGUAGUCGUCACUGAAGUGGAGUCCUUAUUGUAUCGUGCUAACGUCAGCCCAAAAGCACAAUACUAUGCUGUUUGUUUUCUGAAUCAGCUUAUCUUAAGCCACGACGAGCCGGACUUAGCCACCAAGCUGAUCAUUGUCUACUUUUCCUUCUUCAAGGCUUGCAUGAAAAAGAAGGACAGCGAUCAGAAGAUGUUGAGUGCUGUACUAACGGGAGUCAACAGAGCCUACCCUUACUCCAACGCUGGGGAUGAUCGGGUUGACGAGCAGACAGACGCGUUAUUCAAAGUGGUUCAUAUUUCAGCCUUCAACACGGCCAUUCAGGCUCUACUGCUUCUCAAACAAGUUCUGGACUCUAGGCAUUCCAUCACUGACCGUUUCUACUCGGCGCUGUACAGCAAAAUUCUUGACCGUAGUGUUGAACACUCAACCAGGCAGGCCAUGUUCCUCAAUCUCAUCUACCAGUCACUCAGAGCAGAUAACUCAAUAGGCAGAGUCAAGGCUUUUGUGAAGAGACUUUUGCAGACAUCGUCAACCCAGCAGCCUCCAUUUGCCUGCGGGGCACUGUUCCUUGUUUCUGAGAUCAUGGCCACGAAGCCUGCAUUGUUGAAUACUGCCAUGGAAGCAAUUGAUUCUGACAAUGAAGAACACUUUGUUGACGUUGAUGAGGAUAGCAAAAAGACAAGACAAGUCAAUGAACCGAUAAGGAGCGAGAAAGGAGAGGUAACCUCUGAGGCUGUAUCAUCCUGGGUCCAUCACAAACUCUUUAAGAAAGAGAAAAAGACCCAAUAUGAUCCAGGCAACAGGAAUCCUCAAUACUGCGGUGCAGAGGGGAGCAUCUUCUGGGAACUCAACAAACUCCAGAAUCACUAUCACCCUUCGGUAGCCCUCUUUGCAAAGACCCUACGUGAUGGUUUGAAGGUACACUACAUGGGCAACCCGCUGCAUGAUUUCACGCUGAUGAAAUUCCUGGACCGCUUUGUCUACAGAAACCCAAAGAAGCAAGCAGAAAAUGUGAGAGUAUCAGUAAUGGAGCCCAAGGGGAAAGCCUACAACCCAUCAGCGAUCAGACUCCUACCGGUCAACACAAAGGAUUACCUUAAAACAUCACAGGAGAAAAUACCCAUUGAUGAGAUGUUCUUCCACAAGUAUUUCACGUCAAGACAGAAAGGACCUCAACAUCCUGUCACAGAGCAAGAAAAAGGAAAAAUCAAAAAAGCUCCUGAAGCUGAUGACGCAGAGGACGAUGACCUUGAGUUUGAUAGCGAUGCAUCAAGUAUUGAUGAUGACGAAUUCGACCAAAUUAUUGGUGGUAUGGAUUUUGAACAAGAAGUAGAAGAAGAUGAUGAUGACAUGGACUUUGCUGGGGAAGUGAGUCGGAAAAAUAAGGACAAAAAGAAGAAGAGCAAAUCCCAAGAGGAGGAAUCCAGUGACGAUGAAGAUGACUUUGGUAAUGACAGUGACAUGGAGGAGGGAGGAUCCGAUGUGGACGACGAUGCAGAUGAUGAUGGUUUCAAGAUGGUCAAUGAUGAGUUUGACGAGGAGGGAUUCGAUGCUUCUGAUGAGGAGUUUGAAGAGCAAACCUCGUCCAAAGCAGCCAAGCUUAAGAAGAGCAAGAAACGUACAGUAAAUGAGGAAUCGGAUUCUGAUCAGGAUGUGGACUUCCUUGGAGCCAUGGGAACGGGCAAGAGAAAAGUAGGAAAGGCAGCGAGGAGAGGAGGUAAAAAGAGGAAGACUGAUGGAGGUGGAGAUAGCCAAGGAUUACAAGCUACUGCAGAAGAGUUUUCAUCAUUGAUGGAUGAACAUGUUGGAGCCAAGUUUGAUAGUAUUGGCCUCAAUGCCAUGGCCAACAAAGAUAAUGCACAUGCCAAACAGCUGAAUUGGGAGGUGAAACGAGACCAGUGGGUCCAGGGUAGAGACCCGAAGACCAUGAUGGCCAAGAAACGUGGCAAGGGCAAACCAUUUAAGAAAGGGCAGCAGAAGGGACAACCUAAGACGGGUGGAGCCAAGAGUGGGGCUUAUCAAGCCAAAGGAGGAAACGCUAAGGGAAAGAGGAGAAAGUGAAUGGAUCAUGGAUGAAAUAAAUAACUCUUAUUAAAAUUCACUCUCCAACUGACUGACCAUUCGCUAGGUUCUGUGUUGUGGUGAUUUUUGCUUUUAUUUUGUAUUAUACAAUUUGGUAAAUUUAUCUCUACUGUACAGUACAAUAAGUUUGUGCAGAGGUAUAACUACCCCUUUGUUCUUUUGGUCAACUAACUUGACAAUGCUGCUGAGAAUUGGAGGGCUGUCUGCAAAAUCUGGGGUCAGUUUUAAGGUUCUGCUUACCGCAGAUUUUGCCGCUACUGAGUUAGCGCAAAAUGUAUGCGUUAGCUGUGUAAUUAAAAGCAUUAUGAAACAAAGAAGGUAAUAGUAGCACCUAAAGAGUUAGGGAUUGCAUACAAAACUGCAUAAGCUUUUGUUGCAACUACUACUUCAUCAGAUGCAAAGAUGAAGUAGUUGUUGCUACAAAAGCUUAUGCAUGUUUUUUUUUAAAUGUAA